AUGAAUAUAUAUGCCGUGAUGAAUUUCUAUUUAAUACCUCCAGUUUCAUAUCAAGCCCAACAAAAAUUGAAAAAACAACACAACAACAAGAAGAAGAAUUCAUCAUCAUCAUCAACAUCAUAUUCUUGUUCAAAAGAUGAAGAAAUUAACAAGUUUGGUUCAAUUUCAUCAUCUAAUAAUUCAUCAAGAAGAAGUUUGAAUUUAUCUUCAUCAUCAUCUGCUUCAAUUAUAUCAUCAUCGUCGUCAUCAAAAUCAAAUUCAUUAAAAAGAAUACCAAGUAUUUUAAAAAGAAAGAAAUCAUCUCCAUCACCACCAAUAGAAAUCAAUCAACAUGAUAAUAUAGAUGAUAAAUAUGAUGAAGAUUUGAAAAGUAUAAAUUCAACCAUAUCUAAUAAUACUAUAAAAACAUUGAAUUGUUCAUUUAAUUAUGAAAGUAAUAUUCAAUUAAAUGAAAUAAUUUCAAAUAAUUCUAAAAAAAAUCUUCAUCAAAAGAAUAAUAUUCAUCAUCAGUCUAGAUUGAAAACUAAAGGGUAUAAAAGUUUGAAUUUAACUAAUGAAAAACAAUAUAAUGAUUAUUAUUAUUAUAUCGACUCUCAAUAUGAUAAUUUAAAUGAUCAAAUUUAUCAAGAAAACCAUCCACAACAACAACAACAACAACAACAACAACAACAACAACAACAACAACAACAACAACAACAUGAUCAAGAUCAAGAACAAGAACAAUAUGAUGAUGACAAUGACGAUGACGAUGAAUUAGUAGAUGAUCUGAGAACUUUAUAUUCUGAUGCAAGUUCUAUAUUUAGUACUAAAAGAAAAAAUGACCAAUCACCAUCAAGUCCAAUUAGUCAUAAUAGUUCAAUUGUUCAUAAUAAGGAGAACAAUAAUAAAGAUAACAAUAAUGUCAGCAAGAAUAAUUCUGAUUUGAUUUCUUUAUUUUCUGAUGCUAAUUCUAUAUUCAGUCGAAGAAAGAAAUGA